AUGAGCUACAAUCCCGGAACGCCGGCCACUCCUGGCUAUGGGAUUCCUCCAACUCCAGGACCAAUGUAUGGAGAUCAACCACCAGCUACUCCUGGACCUAUUUAUGGCAAUUCUGGGGCAAGUUACAGUUACGCUCCCGCUACCCCCGGCCCUACUAUCAGCUAUGGCCACACUCCUGGUCCUGCUUCUAACAUGCGCGGCCCUCCCUCAAAUGCAGUCGCUUCCGUCAAAAGAAUGGGCGUCAUCAACGAGCAGAGUGGUCCACAAUCCGUUCAAUCCGAGUAUCCUCCCGCCACGCCAAGAUCAGCCCUCGACAAUGGCGUUUCAAGCCCACAAAUUCAAAAUAUCGUUGCUACAGUAGAUCUGGACUGUGGAAAGCUUGACCUCAAAAGCAUCGCGAUGCGAGCUCGAAACGCCGAAUACAAUCCAAAACGAUUCGCCGCGGUGAUUAUGAGAAUUCGAGAACCAAGAACCACUGCGCUGAUCUUUUCCUCGGGGAAGAUGGUUUGUACAGGAGCAAAAUCAGAGGAAAAAUCCCGACUUGCAGCGCGAAAAUACGCGCGAGUGAUUCAAAAACUCGGUUUUCCUGCGAAAUUCAAAGACUUCAAGAUCCAGAAUAUGGUCGGCUCCGUUGAUGUCAAAUUUGCGAUUCGUCUGGAGCAGCUUGUUUUGAAUCAUGCGCAGUUUACUUCCUUUGAGCCGGAGCUGUUCCCUGGCUUGGUCUAUCGGAUGAUCAAGCCGAAGCUGGUGCUCUUGAUCUUUGUCUCGGGGAAAGUUGUUCUCACAGGGGCGAAGCAACGAAAAGAAAUCGACGAUGCUUUCAACAACAUCUACCCGAUUCUACGAAAAUUCCGCAAGCAAACAUAA